AUGAAACUAAACUGUUCGUCCAUCAUGAAUCUUGGAAAGACCUUAUGGAAUUCUCUCAAGCUUCGUAUGAGCUAUGCACUUUGUUACGAUCGAAGGAUUGAAAAUCUUGAACACCAUCUCGAAAAAUUGGAGGCAAGAAGAAAAGAUAACCAAGAGAAGGUAGAUUUGGCUACUAAGAGAGGAGAUAUCAUCAAUAAUGAAGUGCAGCAAUGGCUUAAAAACUCUGAUACCAUCCAUCAGGAUAUGAGAAGAUUUGUGGACUCGGUGGAUAACACCAAAUGCUGCAGUGGAUUGUUGCCGGACUUGUGCUUCCGUUGCAAGCUCGGUAAAAAAGCUGACGAGAAGAUGGCUGUAAUUAAGAAGCUCUUAAGCGAAGGGAAUUUUGAUAGGGUGUCACAUAGCCCGCCUCCUCCGAUUAGUGGUCCUCCCAUGCCUUCUACUCAACUAACUGAGGACCAUUCAUCUACGGAAUCAACUAUUAGCAAAAUUCUGGAUGCGCUAAGAGAUGAUAAAGUUCAGAUAAUUGGAGUACAUGGCGUUGCAGGUGUUGGCAAGACGACUUUAGUUAAAGAAGCUGCAAUGCGAGCGAAGGUCCAGGGACUCAUUGAUGAGGUGGUGAUGAUCACUGUGUCCCAAACUCUUAUAAGCAUGAAAAGAUUACAAAAUGAGAUGGCGGAGAAAUUAGGAUUGAAGUCUGAUGAGGAGAGUGAGUCAGCAAUUGCAGCCAAACUUUCAGCCAGACUGAAAGAUACGAGCAAGAUCCUCAUAAUUUUGGAUGAUCUAUGGGACUGGUUUGAUCUUAGCAAUGUCGGAAUUCCACGCGGAGGUGAGCAAAAGGGUUGCAAAGUUGCAAUUACAGCUCGGAGCAGCAAUGUUUGCAGGGCAAUGGAGUGCCAAAUGGUCAUUGAAGUGGGAGUUCUGUCGGAGAAGGAAUCAUGGGAUCUGCUGAAGAAGGUUGCAGGGAAUGCGAUGGAAUCACCAAAGUUGGAAGGGAUGGCAAGGGAUGUUAUCAAGGAAUGUGGAGGUCUGCCUCAGGCCCUUGUGACUGCUGGACAGACGAUGAAACACAAGAAAACCAUGUUAGAGGAGCUGAGACGGCUGCCUAUAUCCACAUCGAACGGGGGUGUAUAA